AUGACCACAGAGUCAUCAUCAGGGGCCCCAGGGGGCCCCCAGGGGCCCCUGCAGGGCCUCCUGGGGGGCCCCCAGGGGGACUUUAAGGGGGGCCCCCCCCCUUCAGGGGCCCCCGAGGGGGCCCCGGGGAGGCCCCCCGAGGGGCCCCCCGGGGGGCCCCCCGGGGAGGCCCCCGCAGCAGAAGCUGCAACUCAGGGGGCCCCACAGGGGCCCCCUGAAGAACCCUCUCAGGGGCCCCCCCAGGAAGCCUCUUCACAGGGGCCCCCAACACAGGGGGGCCCCCCAGAGGGGGCCCCCGGGGGGCCCCCCUCGCCGGGGGGCCCCCCUGAGGGGCCCCCCGAGGGGCCCCCAACUGUUGAAGAUGAAAUGGAGCAUUCCGCGGAACAAGAAAGACGCAUGCGUUCCUUAUUUGCUGCUGAUGCUGCUGCUCUUGCUGCUGAUCCUGCAGCAGCAGCAGCAGCAGCAGCAGCAGCAGCCGAAGUCGUGGCUGCGGGGGCGUCCGAGGAAGCCGCGCGCGCAGCAGCAGCAGCAGCAGCAGCAGCAGCAGCAGCAGCAGCAGCAAAAGGGCACGUGUGCGAAUUCCGUUUGUUUCGAAUUAAUAAAGAAAUAUAUUAUGUUUCGAAUUUAGAAGAAAGACUUCCUCUUUUGGGAGCAAAAACAAUUAAUCAACUUUGCAAAACAAUUGUUGUCGAGAACACAAAACAUGCAGGCGAGUCAGGGCCUGAGGACCGGCUGAACAGCCGCUACUACUUGGUGGUUUUGCAGUCCAAAGACAAACUGAAUGGCGAAAGGGUUAAGGACCUCAUAAAAGCGGAAAACGCGAAAGUGGGUCGGCAGCUGGGGAACAAGCGUUUGAACUUCAACUUUUGUUCUUCUUUCGAGGGUUUGACGGGUUUCAAAAGAAACGGGGUGGGCCCCCUUGGCAGCAAAAAAGAAAUUCCUGUAAUUUUGUCUAAACCCUUAUUAUCUCUUUUUCCCCUUUCUCUUUUUUUGGGGGGGGGGGCCCCCGAUUUGAAACUCCAAAUAAACCUUUUGGACCUCAUUCGAAUCACAAACCCUAUUAUUGGGGUGGUCUGCUGA